CGAUAUUAAUCUUAUUCAAAAUGGUCUCCGUCCAGAAUUUUCAAAAGAAAUACCGUUAUUUUACAUUGAUUUGGCGAAUAAUUGCAUGGAUGCGACUGCAACUGAACGCCCUUCUGUAAGUGAUAUUCAAAAGCUUUUGAACAGUUGGACAAAAGAAAAUUACUAUGUUAGAAUUUUUGAAAAGGCUGAUAUAAAAAGUUAUGAAUAUAAAUCAGAAAAUUCGGCAGAUUUAUGUGAAAAUUCCAUAAUCAAACAUUAA